AAGUCACAAACACAAGAAUAGUUUUCAAUAUAAAAAUCUCAGUGUACAAUCAAAUGCAGCUUCGUAUGGACAAAUCUUUCCUUUCGUGCUGCAGGAACAAAGGAAUGCAAUCUACUUCUGUGUUUAUACUGAGUAAUCAGACAGUAAGUAACAAAAUCCAUCUUAAUCAGACAGUAACAAAAUCCAUCCUAUUGCUUAAUAUGAAAAAGGGAGUCAACUUGGGAGGAGAAAACCAAAAGCCAAAUAUCCAACCCUCCAGGGUCCAGCUCCACCAUCUUUUCUGAAGAAAAGAGAACAAGAAGGAACUUGAAUCUGUUUGCUUCUGUCUGCAUUACAGCUUAACGUGUGACCCAAAAGCAAACCUGAAGCUGUGAUGCUGCCAUUUCGAAAGCAAAACUUCUCAAAGCUGUGAAGACUGAAAGAGCUGUAUGGGAAUGAAAUGUCAACCCCAUGACAGCCCUUGAGUUGUGCAAAUAAGACUACUGAAGGCUACCACUGACAACUUUGCUACCAAUUCAGCAGCUCUGGAAUUAGGGUUUUGCUCCCCCUUAUGCGUAUGAUUUUAGUUUGUGCUUCAAAAAAGAUCUCAUUGUAAAUAGUUAUCUGAAAAUAAUUUGGUAGCACUUCAAGCCAUCAAUACACACCUCUGUACCAUUCUAAUGUACAAGUCCUAAAAGAUUUGGCCAUUGAUUAAGGUGCCAUAAUUCUAAGAGACCUGAUCCCCACUAUUUUUUCCUUUAAAAGUUUCCUUGUACCAAAGCAUGCUCCCAUUCCUUUCAACCGUCUCAUGCAGGCAACAAAGGGAAAGAAGGGCAGGAUUAUACUUGACAUAUGUAACUAUUGGCAGCACCUUUAUCACAAGGGAGAUGUCAAGCUCCAUGGAGAUUCAAAGAUUUAACGCAUGCCAACCUCAGGUGUUUUGAUGCCAGAAACAAAGAAGGCUUUGUAGCUUUUCUGGCAGCUGUUCUCACCGGGUUUGGGAGCCUCCAGUCUACACAGUGCAAUCAGCUGGCUGUGAGAUGAGCUGCUCCCUUAUGAGAACCACUGCUGUGAUGGGCAGGGAGUGGGAAGAGAGAUUUCUUUCAUUCUACCAAACUCUGAGGGCCAGACUGCUGGUUGUCUGCCUUCCUCUUCUGCAAAAUAUGCUCUUCGUCCGCUGGCCUCAAAGCACAGUUAUUUGUGGCCUACAGGCUGCACUACACCAACGCACUGAAAUAGCUGAAUGAAAAGCUGGCAUGGGAGGGGAUCAAUCAACUCACUAGAAUUUCAGAUAGUUGACUCCUCUGGACAAAUACAACAAGCAGGCAGUGAGCCCCCACAUAGCACACGAUACACCUUGCAGCAUAGCACCGUAAAAGGAGAAAUGCUGUAUUCAUGAGCAGCAUUCGACUUUUUUCCCCAGAGAAUUGCACAUGUGUUUAAACCACAUUUAUCUUGGUGUGGUUUACAACAAAGGUUAUUUUCCGGAAUCACGACAAACAGUUUGUAAACUAUCUUCAAGUUAUAUCCCUGCUUCAAAAAGGGCAGCAUUCCUCCGUUCUAUGUAAAAACAAACAAACAAAAAAAGCAGAAGUUGAACUUAGUGAGGAGUUCACUGAGAAGGAGACGUCUGGCGAGGAGUUCUCAAGGAGCAGCAGUAAGUUUCAAAUGAACUUUUCAUCCAUCUGUGCACAGGGAAGGAAGACAGCUUCCUGGCCAUUCCCACUUCUCAGAGCUGUUUAUCCAACUCUGAAGUCCUGGUGCAGUGUAGGUCUCCGAAAGACUGCAUCGCUUUGAAAAAACGCAGACUGCCUGGAUGGAAUAAACCCCUCAUUUAUAAAUGGCAUUCAAACAUUCCUUAUGGAAUUCCAAGAAGCUGCUGGAGGAUGCGGUAAGAGGCAGAGACGCCUGUCCUUUUGGCAGGAGUUAGCAGUAGUUUCGCAAGAAACAAUUCAACAAAGAGAAAUAAGAGAGGUGUUAGGUGAGUUUUAAGCAUAGAUCCACACAACCUGUCCACAACUUUUAUACCACAACACUGCUACAUUUGGAGACACUGCAAGUUUAAGCAACUUUGUGUAUUUUUAAAACCCUUCAGACAUUGGCAUAGGCAAAGACAGGGAUAUUUAAAAAUGCACUCCGGGGGUUGAUCAGAAUCCUACCAGUUGCCUAAUCACUGUUACCAGAGGGCAUAAGAUACUCAAAAUACUGACCUUCAAAAAAUCAACUUGCAUAUGAAUUCUUCUAGGUAAAGAAUGCUGAAUGUAGCAUAGACACGAACAGCACAGACUUUACUCUAAAGAGCUGCUCUACAGCCUGGUUUCAUAAGCUAGUAACGAUUUUUCAGUGUCCAGCCUUCAAAUGUUUGGCUAGGGACACUAAGGCAGGACAAUCUACUACCUGAAUAUUCAGAAUACCUAUGACUUUUGUCAUGUUGGCUGCUGACUGAUAAGCCUGCUGCGUUAUGUUACCCUUCCCAGCUAAAGAUCAUAGAAUCAUAGAAUGGCCUGGGUUGAAAAGGACCACAAUUAUCACUUAGUUUCAACCCCCCUGCUGUGUGCAGAGUCGCCAAUCACCAGACCAGGCUGCCCAGAGCCACAUCCAGCCUGGCCUUGAAUGCCUCCAGGGAUGGGGCAUCCACAGCCUCCUUGGGCAACCUGUUCCAGUGUGUGACAUUUACUGGCUUGGCAACUUCCUAGAAAGGCACUGAUGAACAGAUGAUCCAGACUGUCCUGCGAGAUGUCAGGUGGAUGGCAGUGUGGUACUGGUUGCCAUCAGUGAGAUCUUCCAAUGGAUACAAAAGGACCACCCUCCCAAGAGGUAUUUUCUACUUUCUGGCACACUUGCAGUCCUACAGUUCUCUCCAGAUAACACUGCUGGACACCCAACGUAUGGUAAAGGUUAUAAUGGGCUCUCAAGGAAACAGGAAGCCAGACAGUGCUGGGGAUCUGCAGAAAAUCACCAGAGGCGACUCAGUUGUGCACUGAGUGUGGCCACUACUUACUCCCAGCCCGAGUUCACAGCCUCUGAUGGCACCAGUGAAGGCAGCUGCAGAGUUUAGGAAUGUUUUCUUCCCUCUCCUCCAUCUUCCUCCAUAUCUCUAGGAGCUUUCUCAGUUCUACCACGACAACUCUAUCUUGAUGGAGACAGUAUUAAGACAAAGAUAAUUCCAGAGAACUGAAAGAUUCACUUAUUUUAAAGAGAUACAGCCAGGACUCUUAAGCAGUGACACAAGUUGCAGGAAGCAGACAUGCUGGAAGCAACCCAAAUAUCCUUAUCUACGGCUGUGGGGAAACACCACAGUGCUAUGACAGCUCAAGAUGGAAACUACAGAACUAUGCACAAACACUGCAGAAUUCUUUCUUUAGCUUUUAAUUCCUCUCCCAAAAUAUUCUUCUUUUUUGUUGUGAAUGUAAAUGAAGCUAUAAGAAAUUGCCUGUUACUUUCUUUGCUGACCACAGUAAAGAACUUUUCCUUUCCCAUGUUCCAAAAUACUCAAAAAAAAGACUGAUGACUGAUUCAGCCACAGCAAGUGGGUCGAUUGAGCCAGCAUGGCAAAAAGCAAAAACUGACUUGUGGUCUGCCUAACAUCUCUCCCUGUUUGACAUCAAUACUGCAUUUACUGAAACUCACAAGGAUACAGGAAAAUCCAAACAGAAUAAAAACCCUGGGAGAUCACGAGGGACUCCUGACACUCUGCACAGGGUAAUUCUUGCAAAAGAAGCCAACUUGAGCUGUACAGAUCAUGGAAAUCUGAGCAAGAUCCAGCCUUCUUAGGAAUUCUUAGUACAGGUAAGUUCACACCUCAGUGCAAAAGCAAAAUGUCUGCAUGCAAAGCUCAGAACCUUUCCAUCCUUCUUUUCCUGUAAAAGUAUCAACGCUUUAUAGCACAGGCAAUACACCAAAAGCAGAAGAAACAUUGCCUCAAAGGAAAACAGCAUUGUUUCGUUUUCUUCUACAACACCUGCCUUGCUUACAGUUCCUAUAAAAACACAUUACCAAACUGACUUGAUUAUGAGCCUGACUGGCAACAUCCAAGGCCCUGAGAACUCUCCCGCAGGGUGCAGGGCUAUCUGCUCACAUACUUGUUGAUUCUUUCAUAUCUUUUAGGUAUCACAUUCCUAGUUUCGUCCCACAGCACAAUACUGGAUGAGAAAACUCCUCUGUCUCACAAAAAGCAAACUUAUUUUUUUGUUGUUACUAAAACACAGCAUAUAAGGCUCUCUUCAAUCCUUCUACAGGUAGCCAUCAAAAGCACAGCACUGCUCUGAUGAAACAAUACGGUGACUCCCUGCUGGCAGCUGCCCCAGACAGAUCUCUCCUCUUUUUCCUCCUCUUCACAUUUUAAAUGUGUAAUUUGUCAAAAGCCUCUUGAUUAUGUGAAGCAUAUCUGGACAAUGUUGAGAAAUAAGAAAAGAGCACUGACGUUCCAGAGAACAUUGCAUUCAGGGUCGAACAGGAAGGAAAAUAGGAAACGUGAGAGUUCAAUAGGAAAGGUUCCAAGGAAAACAGGAUUUGUUGUUGUUGUUGUUAUUUUUUUUUUAAACUGGCAAAUCAAAACGAAAGUGCAACUGCCUUCCAGAUUGAGGGUGUGGUGCUUACUGACAAAAUGUAAUGCGUCGGACCAAGUCAGACCAUUCCACUGAAGCACAUCUCACUUAGAGCAUCUCCUGCCAGCCUGCUGACAAAAGCUUUGCCAUGGGCUGGGUGAACAACUCAACUGAUUACUGGAUUGAGGAUGAUGAGCAUUACCUCAACUCUGAUAUAGAUUAUAACACAUACGAGUUUCUCUGUGAAAAAGAAGAUGUGAGAAAAUUCAUGAAGGUAUUCCUCCCUGUGUUGUAUGCAUUGACUUUCACUGUUGGAGUUGCUGGAAAUUCAUUAGUGGUUGCAAUUUAUGCCUACUGCAAGAAACCAAAGACCAAGACAGAUACGUACAUCAUGCACCUAGCCAUUGCUGAUUUGCUCUUGCUCUUUACGCUCCCCUUUUGGGCUGCAAAUGCAGUGCAGGGAUGGGAACUCGGAAACUCAAUGUGCAAGCUCACUUCUUCCCUUUACACCAUGAAUUUCAGCUCCAGCAUGCUGUUCCUGGCCUGUAUCAGUGUGGACAGAUACAGGGCCACCUCCCAACGUCACGGAAGAGCUGGAAAACACUGCAGCGUUACCAGCAUCUGUGUCUGGCUGUCUGCCAUACUGCUCAGCAUACCUGAACUGAUAUUUAACCAAGUCAUGAGACACAAUAAUAGGAAUGAAUGCCUUCCCGUAUUUCCAGCGAACAUGGAAACACUUUUAAAAGCAACCAUUCAGAUCCUAGAAGUUAUCCUGGAGUUUCUGCUUCCUUUCCUAGUAAUGGUGACCUGCUAUUCAGUCACUGCUCGGGCAAUCUUUAGAUCUGCAAACGCUAAAAAAUCUAGACCCUUCAUGGUUCUGCUGGCAGUAGUGGCUGCUUUCAUAAUUACCCAACUACCUUACAACAUAGUUAAGUUCUGGCGAGCCAUAGAUAGCAUUUACCUAUUGAUUACUGACUGUGAGGCAAGUAAAACCAUAGACAUUGCACUCCAGGUCACCAAGAGCAUAGCACUGUUUCACACCUGCCUCAACCCAAUUCUGUAUGCCUUCCUGGGUGCUUCUUUUAAAAUGCGUGUUAUGAAAAUAGCAAAAAAUUAUGGGUACUGGAGAAGACAACAACAGCAUGAAGUACCUGAAGAAAUCUCUAUGAAUUCUGAAGUCCGUACUGAAGAAACAAUUAGCUUCACUAUAUAGACUGUUCCUUUCAUUAUCUUAAUCAAAAUAGGGAUUACUUACUAACCUGGGGGUUAUUAUUUCGACAGCUGUUUCUCUGCAAGUCAUCUUUCACAUGAAUUUUGAAGCCUGCAGACAAGCCAAGACACUACACUGGAGUUCAAAAAUGGAACAGAUCAAAAUUAAGCACCAGGCAGGAAAAAAUACUGAAAAUACUGGAAACAAUCAAGGUAUUUAUUAAAUAAUUUUUUAAAAAUAGCAGCAAACAAAAGAAAACAAGAUCAAAAGGGUCACAGCAACAAAAUAUUAAAUUGCUGUGUAGUGAAAAAUCAGCACACGUCUAAACAACCAAUUUAAAACAGAAAAGGAAAACAUCAGCAAUAAAUUGACAGUACAGGAACCUUUGUACCAAAAUUCAAUAAUCUUAUGUUUCUCCAACUGCUCUGUAAAGCUUCACAGCAUUUGACUAAUAACUCACUUCCAUUUUUUUCUCCCUAGUUUUCACUCCAGAGACACAGGUGCAGCUUAAAAUGAGAUAUAAGUUCACAAUUGAGAACUGAGAGAAGAAAAAAAGUCAUUUUCUAUGUGCCUGCACAAACAUAUAGCAACAAGAACAGCCCCCACAAGAAACACUAACUCCUGCUCUGUAACUACCAAAACCAAUCUUUCAUCUCUCCGUUUUCUGCUCAUCCUAAAUUUCAAUAAGCCCAGUGGCCAACAAGAGGCACAUUCCAGAUCUCUGUAAACGUAAGAUGAAACAUGAAUGUCAAGGUAAUGCAAGCAAAGCAAGAGCAAAAAUGCUCAUUUAAAGUUAACCUUCAGACACUGGGCCUGGAAUUUUUGGUUGGAAUUUGUAAAAUAAUGAGAUAGGGAGGUAACUAAAGCCUUUUAAAAUAUGCAAAGAUACAAUAAAAUAUACUCAGUGUGUACUGAC